ACGGCGGGGAUGAUACAGAGCUCUCUCUGGCUAUGGCAUCCAGGGCUUGAAAACGCGCGAGGCGGAGCUCUCUGACAGGCGCUGUCGCGGCGAUAGCGGCUGUUUCAAGUUCAUGCCUUGGCGGAGACUCAUCGCGGCAGCUGUAGCGAGCAUAAAAUCCGCACAAUGAGGUCGGAAGCUCGCCUAGACUGUGCGACAUUUCAGCUGGAUGAAGCGCGGACAAGGUGCGAGCUUUGGGUUGCUGCGGGGAACGAGACGGAAAAGCUAGCCUCUGGAUCACUCAAACCAUUUCUCUCUCACUUGAAAGCGGCACAGGAGCAAAUUGCAUUGGGCCAGACAUCCAUUACGCUUCAAGUUCCAUCCAAUGCUCAAACGUUGUGGUUCACAAAAGGCACCAUAGAAAGAUUUGUGAGGUUUGUGACGACGCCAGAUGUGCUAGAGCGAGUGAGUAUUGUCGAAACUGAAAGGCGCCAGCUUGAAGAAGCGAUCAAUAUUUUGGCUGUGGGUGAUCAGCAGCACAGCGCAGGAGCAGCUGGAACUGAAGUGCAGGACUUGAUCGAUGACGAUGCAGCAGGAGACAGCUCAAAAAGCCAGCUACUGGUUGCAAUGGACGCAAGGCGGAUUAUGCUUGAUAAGGAGCAGCUUAAUGCCUUUGCACGAGCUGCGGCUGCUGGUUUUUAUGUGGGGUGCAUGACAGAUCUAAUUGACUUUUCUCAAUAUUUUGGAGCUUCUAGAUUUCGGGAAGCAUGUGUAAAGUUCGGGACAGUAUAUAAGAAAAUGCAGGAGAAAGGCCAACUUUCGGACCUAGAGGUUGAUAUUGUAGCAGAUGCCGGUGAAGAUAAGAAUAUUAAAUCUCGCCGGACAUGGGCUGCGCAAGGUAACUCUCCGUUUGAGUCCUUUCCGGAGCCGCUCGAAACAAUCGAUGAUGUGCUAAAGGCUGCUCCUGCAUCUCAUGGUUUUAGAACAAUUCCAGAUAGUCCUCCAAAUGUCACGUCACCGUCACAGCAAGAAACUCCUCCAUCAAGGCGACUUCCACGACGAGUCUCAUCUCCGAGGAGGAGGUCGUGUUCCCCGAUGAGAAAAGUACAGAUUGCUCGUUCUGGCUCACGACGACAAGGGAUGGUUGUUAUCAGAAAUAUCAACUAUGCAAGCCCGGGUUCUGGUAAACAUGCUCAACCAGCUACGAUGAACGACAGCAACACUGAGGAAAGUGAUUCCGUCAUGGAGAUGGAGAGUGAGGACAACAAAGAGGAGAACCAUCGACGGCUGAGCGUCCAAGAUGCUAUAAGUCUUUUUGAACGAAAACAAAGAGAUUCUUUGGAAUCGCAGUCGUCAAAAGGGGAACGCAGAGGUUCAGUGGAAACAGGAAAGACAGUUCUUAGACGAUGGAGUAGCAUCGGUGACAGCAGCACAGUUGGUGAAGAGGAAGGUGAAGACUUUGGUGAACCGGCAAGCAUCUCAGCAACUAAAGAAAUAGGCACUAGUGGAGGGGAUCAUCGUCAGCCUGCUAGCCAGGAGCAGCAUCCCAUGACGAGCCAGGAAGAUUUAUCAAGCAUCCCAAGGAUUGAGGAACGAAGGAAGUCUUGGGUAACGGCUCAAAAGGAUCUGGAGUGGAAGUUUCAACAACUAAAACUCCAGGAAGCGGCUCUGCCAGCGGCUAGAAGCUCCAAGGAUCUAGUCCAAGGCACUCCACCCCCUCAGGCAACGGCUGCUAAUAUGCAGUUUGGCUUCCAAUAUCGUGCGGAAAAAUCCAGCAGAGGUGCAGUGUCCAGGUCGUGGAGUGCUUCAUCAGAGCAAGAUUUGGUAUCCAUUGUUCGUCAAGCCGGGAUGACUGCAGCAGCAGAAGGUCCGAGCAAUCAAGGAAAUCAGCGCGAGCAUGGCCGUCUCUACGAGCAGUACAGAGAAAGGAGAGACGCAAAAAUCAGGCAAGAGUCGGGCUUGAAGAAAGCAGAAAGAGAAUCCAGACUGAAGGCUAUGCAAGAGAUUCUGGACAAGAGAAAGGCAGAGCUUGUAGCUGGAGGAGGUCGAUCGUCGGAGAAAUUUAACGAACGGCAAGUUGUGAAGUCUACUUCUUCUAGAAAGGCAAUGCUGCAAGGAGGAAGAACGACUACGGCCAGCAGGAGCAGUCCCACAGUGUCAUCGUUACAGUCGACACCCCGGGCUACUAGGCAGCAGCUUCCUCCUGAGCCGAGGCCUAGAGCAGCAAGAAAGCUCUCGCCGGGUCCGCAAAAGCCCGUCUCUGGACCGAGUGCUCGUAAUUCAACGUCUUCCCCAAAGCUGCCAAGGAGCACGGUAGCAUCAAGUCAACGUAGGCCAUCCGGAAUGUCUGACAACCCGCUAAGCCGUUCGAUGCCUUCAUUAUCAGAGUUGAGAAAAGAGAACACGCGGCCGUCAGUGCGAACUCCUCAAGCUGUGCAGCAAAGUAAGGUAGCACCUGCGAAGAACUCAAAAAUACCCGGUAUGAAUUCUACUCGCCCGAAAUCUGCGAGCAAGGUACUACCGCUGGAGUCCAACGGGGUUGUGCCAUCGGAUUUUAAGUCAGAUACUCCUCCGAAGCGGAAGACUCUAUUUACGACAUCGAAUGCAGACAGCCAAAUUCUCACACCCCUCAAGCUUCUACAAGCGCAACAGGCUCUCUCUCGGAUUCCAACUCCAAAGCAAGUCACUACUCUCCAGGAAACCAAGACGUUUCUUCGCAAAGGGCGUGGCAUUGGACCGGGUGCAGGUCCAGUUGUUAUGAAGCUGAAGGUGGCAUCAGCUUCGGAUGCAGAAGAGGAGGAUAAACCAGAGGAAGGCGACUUGAGUGAAGGUCGCGAUAUCAGCCUUCCAUCAACGGAUUUGCAUGCUGAGCCUUCAAACUUCGGUGCUCCACCGUUAGCUCCCGACAAGCCGGAAGAAGUGCCAGGCUCGGUGAGGGAGUCUCAAGAAAUGGACAUCGAUACGAGCAGUGUCGAGGGAGACCAGAAGGCAGACACAGAUAUCUGUGUAGACGCAACAUGUCCGGACGACACGGUUCCUGCGAGCGAUCCUCCUCCUCUUCGGACAGAGAUUCACGGCGCCGUCGACCUUGAAGUUCCGAUGGAGUGGGGGGUUACAGAUUUGCAAGCCAACAUCGACUCGAAAGCAAAGCUGACAUUGAUUCAACAUAUAGCGACGGAGAACUAUGUUUCGUAUGAAGAUCGAGGAAUGGCACCGCUUCCUGCUAUCGGAGUACCAGUUCUCCGUCAAGCAACAUCCCCAGACUUGAAUGGAGUAAAAGUCCAGCGGAAGAAAUGGGGAAGCUCGCAGCAAAAGACCAUUCCAGUAGUCACAGUACAACAGCAGGGGAGCAAGGAGGGUCCCAAAGGCUUCAAGCGCUUGCUAAAGUUUGGUAGGAAGAGCCGUGGCAGUGGCAGCAGCAACACUGCUGAGUGGGUCUCGGCUUCAACUACGUCUGAGGGUGAUGAAGACUCGGACGUCUCCAGAGACACCAGUGCUGGCUACGGCAACGGGAGCUCAUUUAUUCGGAGGAGCAUCGAAGCGUACUCUAAAGAGCCCGAUCACACUGCAGGAUCACGGUCUUUUUUCUCGCUUUCAAAUUUUCGUAGCAAAGGCAGCGAUUCUAAAAGUCGAUGACGCCCGUUAGCGAUGUUAUGGUUUUUUGUAGGAACUUUUUGCUCUCUUUCUCGGGUAGAAGAAGAAGCAGUGGUGUUUGCUGGAAACAUGAAAGAUAAGCAGAGGUGUAUAUACUUCUUUCUCAAUCAGUAAUAUGUUUCUUGAGAUUUUAGAUUCCA